UGUGUCUGCUGCUGGAGUUCUGCUCCAGCCAGACCAGGUAAGGCUGCUGGAGCCCGAGACAUGUCACUUCAUCCUGUCAUCGCGCUGGUGCUCUUGCUGUGCCUGGGAUGGAAAAUUAACACACAGGAUGGAUCUCUGUCUGAUGUCACCAUCUACGCUGACCCAGGUCCUGUGAUCUUCCCAGGGAGUUUUGUAACUGUUGUGUGUUCAAACUCUCAUAACUAUGCCAGAGUCCGCCUGGAGAAGGAUGGCAGGACCUUUAUGGAAAAGGACACUGAGCCUUCUAUGAGGGAGGAAAGAUUCCGCAUUGGGCCAGUGAAUAAAACCAUCACUGGACAUUAUUACUGUAUUUAUUGGAAAGGGGACACCUGGUCCAAACGCAGUGAGAAGCUGGAGCUAAAGGUGACCCCAAAAAAUGUCACUCAGGUUCCUGCCCCAGGUCCAACAAUGACCUCAGAUACGUCUUGGCUGAAGAUGUACGGCAUUUAUAUCCUUACUGUGGUUUCUGUGAUUUUCCUCCUUUGUCUUGCCCUCUUUCUGUUCUGCUUCCGAAGUCACCGUCAGAAAAAGCAGGGACUCCCAAACAAUGAGAGACAGCAGCAGAGACCACAGGAGAGGCUCAACCUAGCUACUAAUGGCCUGGAGACAACCCCAGACAUAGUUGCCGAUGACAGGCUUCUCGAGGACAGACAGACAGAAACCUGGACUUCAGUUGCAGGAGACCUUCAGGAGGUGACAUAUGCCCAGUUGGACCAUCACUACCUCACACAGAGGGCAGUUGGAGCUGUGACCCCACAGAGCACAGAUAUCAUGACUGAGUCCAGCACAUAUGCAGCCAUCAUCAGACGCUGAGCCUGGACACACCUGGAGACAUACAUGGUCACUAUUGGAAAAGCCUGAAGAAACCACCAAGGCCUUCUCUUGGGAUAAGCUUGGUGUGGAAAGCUAGGUCCCUGUUCCCCAUCCAGGAGUUGAAUUGUAUAUGUGGUAGUGUCAGCCCUUGGAAAGACUAUAUUGCAGUAACUUUCAGAGCCCUAGUUACAUUCACUCAGCUGUUUCCAGAGACACAGUUACAGCGCUAGCUGUUUUUUCAGACCCAUGCACAUCCCAUAUUAUUUUAAUGAGUAGCACUGUAAUUGUCCAGCAGCCUUUACACCCCCAGUUGUGUAAUGAAACCAGUGAACCCUAUAGGCUUCCUUGGAUCUCCUUGAUGACUCUGAUUGGGAUGUACACAUGCAGUUGAAAGCUGAGUCCCUUCUCUAUGCCAGACCUUAUGGAGUGCAUCAUGGGUAUUUUUGAAGAUGGAGCAUCUACAGCCCAUGUGGGUCUUGGACAUACAGACUGUAAGGACUCAAACUCUGUUUUCAGUUGUUCAGAGAUGAGUGGAGAAACAAGGGCUACAAAGGGGUGCAUAUGAUUUCCUUUUCUUUAAAAUAUAUGUUUAAUUGACCAA